AUGGCGAACGCCGGGCUGCGCGCCUACCGGGAGGUGCUGCGGCUGGUGCGGCGGCUGCCUGCCGACGCGCGGCCCUACUACGCGAAGUACGCCCGCGAGAAUUUCGUCAACUACCGCCACCUAUCCGCCGACGACGACCUCGCCGGCCUCCUCCGCCGCGCCCAUGCCCACUCCUCCUGGGUCCUCUCCAAGUACUCCAUCGACGCCGCGGAGGCGGCAGGGCGGCUCAAGGAGAUCUGCGGCGAGCGCGGUCCCGAGUGA